AUGAGCGACUACUGCGUCCGCUGCAAGCAUGGCUCGAACGCCAGCCUCGACGAGUCGUACGUCAACAUCCACGCGAGCGCAAUGAACCCGGCCAUGUCGACGCGUGACGCCUCCUUGAGCCACGCCGAUGUGAGCUCGCACGUCAAGAAGAUCCAGCGCCUGCAUGUUGUCGCGGACGGCGUCGCGACGGCCUCGUAUGCGUCGCCGGCGUUCUGCACCGACUGCCUCCAUCUACUCACAACGAUGCUCGAGAAGAACAACGAGAACGCGCGGUACGAGAAGCGGGUGCUAGCAUUGUUCCUCUCGUCGACGCCCAAGGCCAAGUCGCCGCCGCCGGUCCAGCGCCGCCCGCCGCACGACCGCCUCAUGCAGUCGAUGCGCGACGAGCGACUGCGCAUCGAAGCCGACCUCGAGCGCCUCGAGCUCGAGAUGGCGGAGCUCGAGUACGACGAGAUGUCCGUGUGGGCGUCAAUUGACGACUGCAUGUGGGCACUGGCGGCGCAGCGCGAGCAUCGAGACAUGGAGAUUGCGCGCGUGGCCACGAUGGAGCAGCGCGCGCGAGCGAUCCGGCGCAUGAACGUUGCGAGCGAUGCAUUUUACAUUUGGCACAAGGGACCGUUCGGGACCAUCAACGGCUUCUCGAUGGGCCGGCUGCUUGCGCAGCACACGGAUUGGCACGAAAUCAACGCGGCGUGGGGCGAAGCGACGCUACUGUUACAGCACAUUGCCGAGACUCUCGGCGUUGCCUUUCACAGAUACCGCCUCGUGCCGCUCGGCAACGCGUCCAAAGUGAUUCGACUGCAGCGCCCCGAGAUGGAGUACCACCUGCACGGGUCGGACCAAGACGCCUUCCCCGAGAGCUUCUUCAACCUUGGCAUUGCCGCGUGGCUCGACUGCCUCAGUCAUCUCGAAGCGUGGGUCCUGGAGCGCGACCCGAGCUUCCGACUUCCCUACAAGAUUACGGCAUCGCACGUCGGCAACUUUUCGCUGCUCUUCCUUCGUGACGACGAAGCGUGGACCAAAGCCUCCAAGAACGCGCUCACGAACCUCAAGUGGCUCCUCGCGUGGUCGGCCAAGCCGCUGGCGACGCCGGCAGCAACGUCGUAGCCUUU